AAGCGGAUACGAAUGUAGGAAAAACAAUUGUUGGGUCGAAAGAUUUGAAAGGACCUUUGCUCUUCGAGUAGGCUCUUUUCGUUCUCGUUUCCCUAUGAUUACCCUAGAAUUCUUCACUUUUUAGUAAAAAAAAAACCCUGCCUUAGUCUUUGUAUAUUUUGUUGCACAUUAAGUUGACGCUUGGAAUGGAAAGAGUGAAGAAUUCCCGGGGAAUUGCAGUGCGGCAAAUAUGAAUUGGUCGGUAAUAUGGAGUAGAAGAAACUCCAAUACUUCACAAGCAAAAUGGUGGCUUCGAUAGGGUGCUACGUACACCAAGUUGGGCCGGUUAGCAAAAGGAUAGUAAAAUUACCUGCCAGAAUCAUAUCACAAUGCAAACUAUGAAAAACAAUGUUGCUCUAGUAGCUGGCCUAGCGACCGGUCUUCCUGUGGUUCUUCUGGUCUUCAUUUACGUGGCCUAUUGUUGCUGCAAACGCAAGCAAAAAGAUGAGCUGCUGCGCGAGCCGAGACUCUGGCGUCGCGACAACAGGUCAUCACACGAUUUGUUUAUACCUCCCUACAUGCCCGGGAUCGUGCAAAGAUUUGUGCAGCACUCCUCCAAAAACAGCAGCGAAACUACCUCAACGAACACCUCCCCUGUUGACGACAAACACUUCUUCAGUGAGGGGUCGGAUCCUUACCGGACAGCACCGGACGACAUGAACGGGCCGGACAGAGAUAGGACCGGGAGCAUCAAAGCAUUGCAGGUUCCCGCUCCACGAAGGUCAUCUCUGAUGCAACCUAGUACAUCGAGUGGUGACAGCUCCGAGAGCACAUACGAGCAGGCCACGCCCAAGAAAGGAGUAGGUCCAAGGUCCCCUCGAUCUCUCCCAAAGGAUAGCAGAUCGUUUGAAUUCGUGCGCCCGAUUCCUGUCAAACCUUUGAUCACAAUAACGCGAGCGGAAUCUCUUUCAAAGGAUGACAUGAAUGCGCGAAUGGAGAGCACAAACUACGAUCCGGAGUCGAGCCGACAAACCUACUCGGAUUCACAAGUUGAAGCACGCAGAUACAGAGAAGGGUCUAGCCGCAGCUUGGAUAACAUAGCCCUAGAUCGCCAAGAUAGCGAGAGAAGAGGAAGCACAGAUCGCAGCCUCGCGCUCAGACCGAAGAGCACACCUAUUAGGCAUCACACGCAGUCUGAGCCAACUGCCGCCAAAAUCCCCAUCAAUAUUUCAUCACAAGUGAUAAAGUCCAAGCGAGGUUCUAAGGGGAAGAUAGCGCACGCCCCUGUUGGUAGCCUAGGGCGCAUACACGUGUCGCUACAGUACAAGAAAACAACCUGUGAUCUAUUCGUUAAGAUCCUGCAAUGUCGUGAUCUGCCCGCGAAGGAUCUACGCCGCAACACAUCUUCCCCGUAUGUGCGCAUAUAUGCCCUACCUUCUCGCCGUCACAACCACCGCACAAACAUUGUCACGAAUAACUUGAAUCCUACGUUCAACGAGCUGUUUAUCAUUAGUGGGCUGACGCUUAUGGAGGUACAACAGCUCGCUCUACAGAUCUUGGUCAUACAUAACGAGGUCAUUUCCAGGAAUGUUGUCAUAGGAGAGGUUAUGGUCGCACUCUCGGGGCUCGAGCUAACUGGUGACGAGAUUUCUAUAUGGCGGGAUCUGAGACCCUAUCAUUUCCAAAACAUAUUAGGUGAACUCCAUAUAUCGGUCUGCCAUCAACCGCUGUCCAGCCGUCUGUCAGUGACGGUAUUGCAGGCUCGCAAUCUACCCAAGAUCAGUCAUUUGAAUAUUGGGGACCCAUACGUCAAGGUAGAAUUGUUUUCCUCGCGGUCUCGCGUGGGAAAGAAGAAAACGCGCGUGAAGAAGAAGACGGUAAACCCUAAAUUCGCGCAGACGUUUACGUUCGACCUUGCGGCGGAUUCAGUACUGGACAUGAUGACAAUGACAUUUACGGUAAUGGUACAAGACGCGAGUGGGUGCCACGAGAGAAUCGGACAAGUGGUACUUAGCGCGUCAUCGGACGGCCCAGAAUUCGGACACUGGUCUCAAGUCAUUGCAAAUCCACACUGUCCGAUAGAGCAAUGGCAUAUGAUUCAUGAAUGAAAAGAGAGAUAUAUAUCUAUGACAGAGAGUAAUUAUAUAUUGAUACAAAUUUGUGCGUCAAGAGGAAUUAGAUUUUGUGUUAAGUGGGCAACUUCAAGUACGGGUCUGAGGAUAAAGUAGAUUGUCCAGAAGGUUGGAGAUUAAAUCAGAAUUGCGUGCAAAA